GCCUCCUGCAGGGGUCCUUCAGUCUCCCGGAAGCGCGGCAGUGUUUACAGCGGUGUGGAGCAGCACGUGUGUGUAUUUGUGUGUGUGUUUUGAGCUCAAACUUACCGGUUUUGCAGACGGUGAACAUCAUGAGGGUGGUCGGGCUCAUCAGUGGCGGCAAGGACAGCUGCUUUAACAUGCUGCAGUGUGUGUCUGCCGGACACUCUAUAGUCGCUCUGGCAAACCUCAGACCUGCAGACCACGCGGCUUCAGAUGAGCUGGACAGCUACAUGUACCAGACUGUGGGUCAUCAGGCUGUGGAUCUGAUAGCAGAGGCCAUGGGUUUGCCGCUCUACAGGCGCACUAUUGAGGGCUCGAGUGUGCAUAUCGACAGAGAGUACAGCCCCACUGAUGGAGACGAGGUGGAGGAUCUCUAUCAGCUGCUCAAACACGUCAAGGAGGAGAUGCAUGUGGACGGCGUGUCUGUCGGAGCCAUUCUGUCUGAUUAUCAGAGAGUACGAGUGGAAAAUGUGUGUGCAAGGCUGCAGCUUCAGCCGCUGGCCUACCUGUGGCGUCGAGACCAGGCCGCCCUGCUCUCAGAGAUGAUAUCCAGCGGACUCCAUGCCAUCCUCAUCAAAGUGGCAGCAUUCGGUCUGCAUCCAGACAAACAUCUAGGAAAAUCGCUGGCGGAGAUGGAGCUGUAUCUGCACGAGCUGUCAGAGAAGUAUGGCGUUCACAUCUGUGGUGAAGGUGGAGAAUACGAGACCUUCACCCUCGACUGUCCGCUCUUCAAAAAGAAGAUCAUCAUAGACGCCACAGAGACCGUCAUCCACUCAGAUGAUGCCUUCGCUCCUGUAGGUUUUUUGCGCUUCACCAAAAUGCACACUGAGGACAAGACAGAGGGCUCCGGAGGGCCACCACCGCCGUCUCUCUCUGCAUGUCCUUGCCAGAGCGCCAUUGACAGGAUGACAGAAGAGCUGGAAUAUGCUGAUAAAACUGCCGACGUCCAGAGAGAAUGUCCAUCACACACACAGAGCACAUGGCAACUGGACGAGGGUUGUGAGGUUUCACACUCGUCCAGCAGUUCUGGUUUCCAGUGGAUCAGUGGAUUAUCAGCGCUUCCGUCUGAACACCCGGACAUCCAGAGCCAAGCACAGCACGUCUUCACACUCUUGCAAAGCCGUCUGCAGGAGAUGGGCUCUGCGCUCAGACAUGUUCUUCUGGUUCAUCUGUACGUCAGCAGCAUGCAGGACUUCGGGCUGAUCAACAGCAUCUACAGCAGACUCUUCACACACAACCCGCCCGCCAGGGUGUGUGUGCAGGCGUCUCUGCCAGUCGGUCAGCAGCUGCAGAUGGAUGUUCUUCUUCAGGAUCAGACGAAGGCUUCUCCAUCAUCGUCUUCAUCAGUGUGUGAGGAGGAGUGUUUCCCCCAGAGAGAGACUCUUCAUGUGCAGAGUGUGUCCCACUGGGCCCCGGCCAACAUCGGCCCCUACAGUCAGGCCACACAGCUCCAUCUGCUGGUGGUGUGUGCUCUGCCCAGAGGAGCGCUGCUGGAGCUGCAUGUGUCUGCGGUGCAGGACUGUCCCUCAGAGAGAGUGUGUGUGUGUCGGAGCUCCAGCGGCCUUGUGGAGUCCCGGCUGCUGCGCUCCGGCUGCGCUCGAUACGCCUCUCUGUCUGUGAGUGUGUGUGAGAGCGCAGAGAGUGCGUGUGUGAGCGCCGAGAGCCUGCUGCACACACUGAUGUCCUGCUACAGCUCUGCGCUUCAGGAGAGUCCCGGGCUGACUGCGCUGUGUGCCAGAGUCUUCUACAGGAGACACCACAACACCAGCACACACAUCGCCACAGGUCUGCAGCAGCGCUUCACUGGUGCUCGGGAUCCGUGUGCUCCUGCGGUGGUUCUGGUUCCUGUUGAGGAUCUUGCAGAGGGUCAGCUGCUGCUGGUGUCCUGCUGGCUCAGUGUCUAGAGCAGAUGUACAGUAUGAGGAGACACACAUUCAUCAGCGAAUGCCAAACACCAGUGCAUUUCUCUGUGUACAUGUGCAUUCACUGCAACAUCAAUAAAUGCUCUCUAUCAUGCAGGUCUGCUAUUUCCAGCACAGUUUUAGUAUGUAAGCUGCAUACUCAUUGCAAUGCGUUAUAAGUUGUAGGAAAGUAAUAGAGGCAAAGGCAUCCAUUAAAGAUUAUUUGUCCUAAAUGCA